GAGAAGCGUGACUGCGUGCGUGCUGAUGAUAUGGAUGGCGGCUGCGCUCGGAAGCGCCAUUCAACCGGUAAAUGUCGUGUCUCCGUCGGGUUACCAUACCUGCGACUACACGCUGACCAAAAAUGUUUCCAAGGUGGUAGCUUUCCAGACGCCGUAUGAAGCGGAUCUGCCGUGCCCCGGGUGGAUUCCGUGGCGGUCGUGUCCCCGCACAUAUUAUAAAACCGAAUACCGCGCUAUAGAGGUUCCGGAGACCAUGAGAGUCACGCAAUGCUGCGCAGGAUAUGAGAGUCUGGGCGAUUACUGCGCGAUCUCCUUGGAAAGGAUCGGCGAUUUAACCUCGAGACCCGGGACGUGUCCUGCCGUCACCAGAAGACCUCUGGACUCCAAAUGUACAAAGGACUCGGACUGUCCACAGCUUCAGAAGUGCUGCUCCUUCUCCAACGGUUCCUUCUGCGUUUCCCCCGCGCCCCCAGCUCUGGACAGGAAUACGAUCAAGUAUUGGUACAACGGAACGAUCACCAUCAAAACAGCAUUUAAUGACCUAAACCGAGUGGACCCAGGCUUCCUCAAUCACUCAAGACUCCUGCACUCCAUGAUCACCGGAGAGCUGUCUCCGCUCGACGUGUCCGUUCAUCAUCUCUCCACCCAACCUGCCAGCGCCUUCACUGUCCAAUCCCACGUUCUGAUCGGAAUCAACCAAUCGCAUUCCUUGCUGGAUAUUUCCUCUAAAAUGAAUAACAUCGUAAUUCGGCUACCCGAAGUAAUCGACAUUCUCAUACGGGACGUGGAUAAAUGCCUGUUCCCGCAUCUGGCCCCCUGCUUGGCCAAUGAAACGUGCACCGGUCCCAAUGGCACUUAUAAAUGUGCCGCUCUGCCUACUGCAGACCCCACAAAUUCUACGCAGGCGCCCACCGGAAGCGAAAGUACGAUAGGUACAGAUUUACAACCGAUCCCAUCCCCCAAACCCGAACAAACGCCGACCCUUACCCAACCUGCCGUGUCUGGCAACAGCAGCUCCUCCGCUCCCUGCCAUUGCACGAAGUUCUCCAAUUUCGGCAUCGGCGAGGUCACUGCCGGCGGAUUUCACGUGUCCUGGAGCACGGACUGCCCCGAGAAUCACACAUACACGAUACGCGUGACGGCGCCGAGCGGUUACAGCAGCACCUAUAGCGUCCGUAGGACCUUUCUAAGUAUAAGUGACCGGCCCCCGGGGGUGCUGCAUACAGUGAACGCCAGCUUCCUGGACUGCAGGGGGCGGCUGCAAUCGCGGGAAGAAAAAGUAAAAACUGAUGCUCAAAUACUGAGUGGAACACUUAGGAUCGUGAACUGGAAUCUAACGGAGGGUUUACUCAACGACAGCUCAGCCGAGUACUUUCACUUUGUGAAGACGUUUGUUGAAGAGGUAAAGAAAUCUCUGUCCAAAGAAGUGUCUCCCGAGGAGCUGACGGUGGAGGUCGAGUCCCUCAGCGCUGGGAGUAUCAUCGUCACUUUCCAUUUAAUCAUCAGCGGCACGCCACACGUUAACAUCACGCCGUCGUCACUCGUGUCCGUGAACCAGAGCGGGAUUUUCAGCAUUGACCCGCAGUCUGCGAUUAUUACAGAUUUCGAUGAGUGUUUAUCCCCUCGAGACAACGACUGCGACGAGAACGCAGAAUGCAGAAACCUGUGGGGAUCCUACGCCUGUGACUGUAAUAAACCUUACGUCGAUGCCGACCCUUCCAGACCCGGGAGAGACUGCCAGGAUGCGGUUACAGGGGGAGGCGGUACUUACGCCACAAGCACAGGCACACAUAUUCCUUCAGCAUUGCCGUAUAUUCCAUACACAGUCACCCCAACGGAUGAAGUGACAUCUAUAGAAGCGGAGAGUCCGUCGCUGACCACCGGGAAUGCGACAAGCUUUACAGCCAAUGUUAUUGAGACAAGUACCCCAAUCCAGACCGGGGAUCCUUAUACGCCUGGAUAUACCCCGAGCUCGCCUGAACCCGAUACAGCUCACAAUCUACGGAAUACCACUGCUGUGACCUCCACGCAUACAACGGCAGGAACGCAAGAACCACAUACAUCGAGCCUACAAUCACGAAGCACCAGCGACACAGCUCGAGGGGACACACAGAGCACGAGUUCUCCAGGAGAUCACCCUGCCAAUGCCACCAUAUUGAAUGUAACUAUGGAGGUCAUAACUCGCUCAACACCAGUAACUCAAGACCUAAAAGCAUCAAACACAACUUUGCCACACGCAGUGCCUGCAACGGAAGGAGCUACAAUGAAGACAAGUUCUUCUACCGACCGCACUCCCACCAUCGCCGCGCUAAAUCAAACUACAGAUCUCCCGGGGCAGUUGACGUCGGAAAAAUACGGAGCAGUGACGUCAGGUACCCCUGCGCAACGUUCUACCGGAAUCUCAGCCUGGAAUACAACUGAGAUCCACGUCUCCGCGUAUAGCGCAACGGGGCGAGCCACCGGUCACACGUUAACCAACGAUCCCAAACAUCUUCACGGGGUCAACGCGUCUUCAAGACCCACAGCCACCAAUUACAGUCUGUGUGUUGGUGAUAAUCUCAUUGGAACCGCGAAUUUGGGAGGCGCCGAAACCCCGCAGUCCGCGUCGGCCAGCAUGUCGUUGAAGGACGCGAGCAAAGUGAUUUGUGAAAUGGGCAGGAUCGGAAUCGGCAUUCAGAAGGCGUAUCUGAAAAUGAUGUCCAUCUCCGAGUCCUCUCUGUAUCUCGGGAGCCCUCAGUGCCGCAUUAACUGCAGCAGCGAGGCCCUCGUUCUGCUGCAAGCCAGCUGGGAGGAGUGCGGCACCCAGGUCAAAAAUAACAAGACUCAUAUGGUGGUGAACACGACGUUAUACAUUAACAUUUCCUCGCCAUUCUAUAACAUGAUGCAUCAUCCUCAGCCAAUAGGAUCGAUCCGCUGUGUAUUCCAGAACGAUAUCUUGAUGUCCACCGGAUACAAUCCUCCCGGAGGGUUUUUCACCAUCAUUGAGAACCUGGAGGGGGAUGGGACUUUUAUCCCCGAAUUCCAGCUCUUUAAUGGGGAUCAGCCCAUAAAGCAGAACUUCACGCUCUCCGCCAGCGACGACAUAAAGGUCCAGAUCAGAAUUAAAACCGAAGACCCGCAGUAUAAGGUGGUGAUCAGCGAAUGUUGGGCUACGCCGAGCACGGAUUCCCAGGACCCCAUGUCCUUCCUGUUUAUUAAAGAUAGCUGCGCUCUGACGAACACGUAUACUGUCAUCUACACGAACGGCAUCUCCAGCAACGCUACGUUUCAAACCAAGAUAUUCUCCUUUGUGAAUACUCCUAUCGUGUACCUGCACUGCAGACUACAUGUAUGUAAAGAGGCCGCCCCCGGCGCAUGCAAACCGAGUUGUAGUAACGUCCGUUCUGUAAGGAGUAGCGGGGAAAAUGUUUUAACAAGCCUUACGCGAAUGGGACCGCUACGCCAAGCCAGCCGACCAGCGGGUGCGGCGUCCCCGAAAGAUGCAGCCCUUGGAACCGGACUGAUCGCUCUCAUCAGCGUAGCUGUGUUUGUCUGCGUGGCCGUCGUGGUGGCCAUACUGGUUUGCUGGCAUCAAAGACGAACCGGAAACUACAACUUCAAGCUGAAGUCCAAAGAUGUCGGAUAUCAAGUGUUCUAUAACUAGAUUCCG